GAGAUCAAUAGCCCCCUCCCCUGCCCACACCCUGCAGGAGGCACACACACGCAGUGUCAGACGCAGCUCUGGACCACUCAUAGACAGACACAGGCACGUGUAGCUUUUGGACGCCGCACACCCUGCUCUACGCUAUCAUGUCUGACAAACCCAAUAUGAGAGAAAUCUCCAGCUUUGACAAGACUAAGCUGAAGAAGACGGAGACCAGAGUGAAGAACCCAUUGCCAACCAAAGAAACAAUCGACCAAGAGAGGAAACGAGAGCCAUCGCCUUGACCAGAGGAAGAGAAGUGUUUCCGACCAGCUACUUUAAUUUGAUUCUCUGACCUCCAUCUGUCAAGAACCAUAACUAUGAAGGGAGAACAGGACCUUGACUUUUAUCACACUGGUGCUCAACAAAAUUGUAAAAUGAGGGGUAUUAGGAUUGGUUGCUUGUCAGAGGAUGUGUUCAAAACACUUAUUGCUCAAUGUUUUCAAUGUCUCUAAGUCAGAGUAAUAAAAUAUGAUAAAAAUA